AUGCGGUGUUGUGUUGAAAACUGUACAAAUGAUACUCGUAAAAUUACAAAAAGUCAUGGAAUCACCUUUCAUAUGUUUCCUAAGGAGUUAAAUAUCAGAAACUCAUGGUUAAAAGCCCUUGGCAUGUCAGAGUGGGAACCAAAAGAGCGCAGUGCAGUAUGCUCAGAACAUUUUCAACAGGAUGCAUUCUAUGAGACCAAAUGUGGUUUGCGGAGGAUUAAAAGUGGGGCUGUGCCUUUUGAUAAUUCAUCUGAAGAUAUGGAUACACCAGCCACAUUGAGGGUGUGCAGAAUUUGUUUGGUAAUGGAUGUCAAAAUGUACCACAUGUCCGAACAUAAAUUGAUUAUUAUGUAUGAGCAAGUUACUGGUGUUCCGAUAAAUGUAGAGGAUAGGUUACCCCAAAUGCUGUGUUGGGAGUGUGUUGCCAGAUUGUCAUCGGCAAACCGUUUUAGGGAGACAGCGUUAAAGACUCAAGGAUUGCUUUUAAAUAAACUGGACAUGGAUAGAUAUGUAACAUUAAGAGAUGUAAAAUCAAUAAGCAGAGCUCACAAUCAAUUAAAAUCAACACUUGGUUUAAAAGUUUAUGAAGUUAAUGAUAAUGAUUUACAUAUUAAUGAAAAUGAAAUAAUUAAAACAGAAAGAAUAACCGAGUUCAACGAUGGCGAUGAUAUAGCGUAUUGCGAUAUUAAUGAUACUGUGCCAGAAAUUAAUGAUGAAUCAGAAAUUAAUGAUUACAAACAUAUUGACGUGGAAAUUAAACAUGAAGUCAAUAAUGAGAUAUUCUUUGAAGAAUAUCCGGCGAUAUUCGAUAGUGAUGAUGAUAGAGCAUUAAGUGAAGUUUGCAAGAAAAAGCCUAAAGUAAAAAAGAAAAAGUUGAAAAUAGAAAAGAAGGUGAAAGAAGUGAAGGUUAAGCAGAAGACAGAAGAUGAUGACAAUCCUACAACGACUAUGGAUAAGUACAAAAGAUCCGACGUAAAAAGACGAAAAUUAACAGACGGCUUAGACGAAUCUCUCUUCACGAUAACCACAUUGACGUAUGAAGAGCAGAUAGCAGAAGUGGAGAGAAGGCAGGACACUUCGUCGUACAAAAACGCACCAUACAAGUGUACAUUAUGCUAUAGAGGGUUUCUUAUACGAGACAGAUAUGAUGCUCAUGUCGUGAGGCAUAGCGAGCAAAGCGGUGCUUAUGAAUGCUUUAUAUGCAAGACUCGAUUGAAAACGGCUCGCGCUUUACGAAAACAUCUCACAGCACAACACACGGAGAAGUUCAGUUGUAAAGGCUGUCCGUUUGUCACUAGAAAUAGAGGUGUCGCGCGAGAACAUGAGAAAUGGCACGCAGGAACUAAAUACCAAUGUCCGCACUGUCCCAGUGAGUUUGACAAAUUAACUACAUAUAUGGGUCAUAUAAGGAUAAAGCACGUGUCAGAUUUUGUGUGCGAGCUUUGUGGUUACACGUUUGUGAGUAAAAAGGGGAUUGAUGUGCAUAAGAAGAAAAAACAUAGAUUGGCGGAUAAGAGUGUGACUUUAGAAGGACCAUAUUGUGAAGUUUGCGAAGUUAAGUUUAUAUCAGAAGAAGCCCAUUCCAGACAUUUGAAGCUAUCUUCAAGGCAUAGCAGUGACAAUGAUCCGAACCGCAUAAGGAACGACUCGCAGAGUAUGAACACGGAACGGAACGGGCGUAUAAUGAGGAAGAUCGAGCGCCGGCCCGUCGUGCACGCGCGCGCGCCCGCCGCCGGCGACGCGCCCGGCGCCGUCUCCUGCGAGCAGUGUGGCAUCCAACUGCGAGACCUCCGUCUGUACGCGCAGCACUUCCGCCGCGCUCACCCCGACAAGAACCGAACCAAGUACCCCGCCAUGAAGACGCCCUGUAUGUGCGAGCAGUGCGGGCGGAUCUUUCAGAGCAUGGCCCUACUGAAGGACCAUAUGUGGGUCCACACUGGAGAGAAGCGGUUCAAAUGCGACCGUUGUGAGAAGAGCUUCACCCAGAAAACAAACCUGGUAUUCCACAUGAGGGUCCACAGCGCGUCGCGGCCGACGUACGAGUGUCCGAUAUGUGGAAAGCAUUUUGCUUUCUUCAAUAACCGAAGAAGGCAUAUGUUUAUCCACACCGGUCUGAAGCCGUACAAGUGCGACACUUGCGGCAAGAGCUUCACGACGUCGGGCGAGCAGCGCGCGCACGUCGAGCACGUGCACCUCAAGAAGCCCUGGCCCAAGCGUGCGCGCGCGCGCCACGACGCCUGGCCGCACGGCCUCGAGGAC